AUGGAACUUUGGAGAGUCUUUCAGAAAUGGGGAAGAUUAUGGGACCUUUACAUUCCGCAGAAGAGAGACCGUUGGGGUAGGAGGUUCGGGUUCGUUAAGUUCUUGAAUGUCACGAACCCUUCCUAUCUGGUAGAACGCCUAGAUCAGCUAGUGGUGGGAGGUAGGAAACUUCAUGUAAACUUCCCUAGGUUCUCCAAAGUCACUGAAGGUGGUAUGAAGGAAGUGGGGAGGCAGGCUCAAUCUCGACAUGAUGCCCGCAGUGGAGACAAUGCUUUUUCGCGUCCCAAUCCUACGGUUAGACCUGGUUGGAGUGUAGAGAGGAGAUCCUAUGCUGAAAUCCUCACUAACAGUGGCUACAAGGAGCACUUUCCGAGGGUGAAGGAUACUUUAUAG